AUGGAGCUAUCUGAGUGUGUUUCAAAUGGAUCUGAUCUGUGGGCUAUUAGUGUCAUUUAAGAGGCCUCGUGCCAUUACUGAGAACAUCUGUGUGUGACUCAGAGUUAUCAUGUGUAGCAGGACAUGGCGGAGAGUGUGUGGAGUGGAGUUUCCAAUUAGGGUUGAGGUUCUCCCAUGGAUUUGAAAGGAUCCUGUUGUCUACCCAUUCACCCUCUCGCUCUCUCUCUCCCCCUCCUCCCUACUCUUCACCCUUAUCUUGCAUGAGAGGAGACAGCUGGGGAUUGAUGGCAAAGGAAUUUUCUUUAUCGCCUUGGUCCUCCUGCAGUGAGACCUGCAUACGCACGUGUCAACACACUAAACCACAGACAAACACACAAAUACUUGCAGUAACACACUUGGAAAAUAGGGGUAGGGUUGUAGAGAAUCGAAGGACCAUGAAUGUAGUAAGAAAUCUUAGGUGCUGGCUUAAGGCCGGUAGCAACCACUCCAGAAUGUCCGUCAGAACAAGGAUGAGGCGGGUGUCCAGGUUAUGGAGAGUUUAAUGGAAGAAGAUGUCCAUAUUCACACACACACACACACAUCUGACCGCUCAUGGUUCAGAUAACUGAGAAUCAUGUCUAGUGAGAACUGACAUUAACUACAUGGUCCUGAAAGGAAAGAGGAGAAAGAAAACUCAGGCUAUAGCACUGCUAUAAUAUGAAUGACAUGGCUGUAUAAGCUAGCACAGGUAAGUAUAUAACAGCAAGGGCUAUACACUACAGCAGGCAUAAAGCCUAGUCACAUGGCAAUAGACUAAACAGCCUAUUGGACUUGUACACAUGAAACUCAGGCAAAUGUGCUCAAGUAAACAUUACAGUAAUGUUGGAAUGUAUACAUAAUAUAAUUACAAUGAGCAUGAGUGAUAUACAGUGAGGGAAAAAAGUAUUUGAUCCCCUGCUGAUUUUGUAUGUUUGCCCACUGACAAAGACAUGAUCAGUCUAUAAUUUUAAUGGUAGGUUUAUUUGAACAGUGAGAGACAGAAUAACAACAACAAAAAUCCAGAAAAAACGCAUGUCAAAAAUGUUAUAAAUUGAUUUACAUUUUAAUGAGGGAAAUAAGUAUUUGACCCCUCUGCAAAACAUGACUUAGUACUUGGUGGCAAAACCCUUGUUGGCAGUCAGAGGUCAGACGUUUCUUGUAGUUGGCCACCAGGUUUGCACAUCUCAGGAGGGAUUUUGUCCCACUCCUCUUUGCAGAUCUUCUCCAAGUCAUUAAGGUUUUCGAGCCUGACGUUUGGCAACUCAAACCUUCAGCUCCCUCCACAGAUUUUCUAUGGGAUUAAGGUCUGGAGACUGGUUAGGCCACUCCAGGACCUUAAUGUGCUUCUUCUUGAGCCACUCCUUUGUUGCCUUGGCCGUGUGUUUUGGGUCAUUGUCAUGCUGGAAUACCCAUCCACGACCCAUUUUCAAUGCCCUGGCUGAGGGAAGGAGGUUCUCACCCAAGAUUUGACGGUACAUGGCCUUGUCCAUCGUCCCUUUGAUGCGGUGAAGUUGUCCUGUCCCCUUAGCAGAAAAACACCCCCAAAGCAUAAUGUUUCCACCUCCAUGUUUGACGGUGGGGAUGGUGUUCUUGGGGUCAUAGGCUGCAUUCCUCCUCCUCCAAACACGUUGAGUUGAUGCCAAAGAGCUCCAUUUUGGUCUCAUCUGACCACAACACUUUCACCCAGUUCUCCUCUGAAUCAUUCAGAUGUUCAUUGGCAAACUUCAGACGUGCAUGUAUAUGUGCUUUCUUGAGCAGGAGGACCUUGCGGGCGCUGCAGGAUUUCAGUCCUUCACGGUGUAGUGUGUUACCAAUUGUUUUCUUGGUGACUAUGGUCCCAGCUGCCUUGAGAUCAUUGACAAGAUCCUCCCGUGUAGUUCUGGGCGGAUUCCUCACCGUUCUCACGAUCAUUGCAACUCCACAAGGUGAGAUCUUGCAUGGAGCCACAGGCCAAGGGAGAUUGACAGUUAUUUUGUGUUUCUUCCAUUUGCGAAUAAUCGCACCAACUGUUGUCACCUUCUCACCAAGCUGCUUGGCGGUGGUCUUGUAGCCCAUUCUAGCCUUGUGUAGGUCUACAAUCUUGUCCCUGACAUCCUUGGAGAGCUCUUUGGUCUUGGCCAUGGUGGAGAGUUUGGAAUCUGAUUGAUUGAUUGCUUCUGUGGACAGGUGUCUUUUAUACAGGUAACAAACCCUUUAAGAGUGUGCUCCUAAUCUCAGCUCGUUACCUGUAUAAAAGACACCUGGGAGCCAGAAAUCUUUCUGAUUGAGAGGGGGUCAAAUACUUAUUUCCCUCAUUAAAAUGCAAAUCAAUUUAUAACAUUUUUUUUAUAAAGUUUUUCUGGAUUUUGUUGUUGUUAUUCUGUCUCUCACUAUUCAAAUAAACCUACCAUUAAAAUUAUAGACUGAUCAUUUCUUUGUCAGUGGGCAAACGUACAAAAUCAGCAGGGGAUCAAAUACUUUUUUCCCUCACUGUGUGUGUGUAUAUAUAUAUAUAUAUAUAUAUAUAUAUAUAUAUAUAUAUAUAUAUAUAUAUAUAGUAAAUAGCCUAGCACCAUGAAUGAGCAAUGCUAAUAAAUGGCUAAUCGCGAACAGUCAUGCUAAAAUGCUCAUGCAUUCCAAUGCAAACUGCUAACGGUAGGGCUAACGUCUAGCGGGAGCAUGAGCUAGCUAACAGCUCAACACCGGUAAAUUAUACACAAUAGUAACCACCAAACUUAGCUCCACAUAAUAAUGGACACAGAUCUCAAGGCACUGACGUUUAGUUCAUGCACAAUUAAUAUCAGACAUACCGGGAUUUCCAGUUCCACAGGAGGAAAAGUUCGCAGGAGGUAACCUGGGGAAAGCACGUUUCUGACCAUAAAAAAAAAAAAAAAAAAAAAAAAAAAAAAAAAAAAAAAAAAAAAAAAAAAAAACACAGUGUGCUGGGGUCAUAGACUAAUGAACUGAAGUCCCGGGAAUCAAGGCCACUGAAUAGGCUGAAGGAGACGUGGUGAUAAAUUAGUUGGGCAUGAAACUUGACCAAUUUUACUGACACUAACAACAAUGGGGGUCCUCGUAUGGGAGACUAAGCUGGCCCAACUAAACUAACCAGAAGGGAUGCUAGAAUCACUGACUAUUGUUUUUAACACCACUCUUUCUUUUAUGUACACACUAAAACCUUCACAUAAGGUCUCUACUAAUCCAUAAUUGUUUUAUAAAACUCCUCUAUUUCUGUUUCUCUGUGUUUCCAGUUGUCGUACCAGUAACAGGAAGAGUCUGAUCCUGACCACCACCUCCCCCACUCUGCCCCACCGCCCACACUCUCCUCUGCCCCUCCCUGGACACCUCGGUACGUACUACAGCCAAGUCUCUCAGACUACAAACAUAUUACUGUAAACACGUCAUUUUACAGUACCUCUCCUUCCCUCUCAUGCUCUGUCUGUUUCUCUAUUCCCAUUCCUUUAUGUUUCCAGGAAGUAGCCCUCUGGACAGCCCACGCAACUUCUCUUCCAGCACCCCGGCACACUUCUCAUUCGCCUCCUCCAGAAGGUAACAGCUCCCUGACACUGUAUGUGUAUGCAUGCGUGUGUAUGUGUGUGUGUGUGUGUGUGAGAGAGAGGGAGGGAGAGGUGAAUACCUGUUAGAUGCAGGUCUAGCACCUCCCAGUGAGAAUGAUCACACCUCUCAGAGUCAGUGGUGAGAGGAAGCCAAAAAGCCUGGGCAGGAGGUCUGUGUAUGUGUGUAUGUAUACACAACAACAUACACAUGUGAGGUCCAAUCCAGUCAUCCCUUCUCUUCCCAGUCAGUCAGUCAGUCAGUCAGAUUUAGAAGAGCAGAAGCAGGAGCAGCAAUAGCUUCCUGUGCUCACUGCUCUCAUUUAUCAAAUCCCUCUCCCUGUCUGUCACUGCGGCAUGCUGCAGCUCCAUAGAAACACAAUGGCCAGGCCACUCCACUCAGGCUUCGGCUUCUCUAUUCCCUCUCUCUUCGGAUGGCUCCUAUGACUAAUACAAUACGGUGGAUCAGUUGUGUUAUACAGAAUGUUGAUGUUGGGCAUAAGUCUGAUGCUCUCAGGUUUAAUACUGUACAUUGUUGUUCUCCUCUGAAGGGCGGAUGGUCGACGAUGGUCCCUGGCAUCUCUGCCCUCCUCUGGAUAUGGCACCAACACGCCCAGCUCCACGGUAUCACAGAUUUGACCCUGCUUUAUCUCAUCUCGUGCAUCAAUGGCAUUUUCCUAAAAAGCUCUUAGUCUUUUCUUCAAAACGCGCCUUCUUACACUUUAUCUUUCUCCUUUGUCUGACUUACUUCACUUUCUCUGUCUCCCUUUCUCUUUCUCACACUAUGGCACACUCUUACUGUCUCUGUCAUUGCCUCAGGGUCUUCUUCAGUUUCUCUCUCUCAUUCACACACUCAUAGACACACACACAUACCAGCACACACCUCAUCUCUACCCACAUUUUCUCUCUUUGAUUCUCCUCCCUCAGGUCUCUCUCUCUGUUUUUCUCAUUUAUCAGAGGCCUGGGGACUGCUCUCGUCUGGCCAGGGAGAGAGGGAGGAACAGAGGAGGGUAGCUAGAUAAGUACCAGACUGGUGGGAUGAGAGAGGAGAGUAGAAAAGAGGAGAAAAUAGGUAGUGCAAGUACACGCUGUUCGGUGCUCAAUUCACCACAGGCUCUAUUUAGCUAAAUACCCCCAUUGGAAAUAAUACGUCAACAAACGACACAUAUGUAUCUGAAUGAGCCAAGACAUGGACUUGGACUGAGUCUGAUCAUGGAUAUCUAUAUGGUGGACACAGAUCCAUUUGGGAGUGAAAACAAUGCUUUUUCAAUACCCUGGCAGACAUAUAAAGAAAGCAGCAUCGAUGAAUAACAGAACAUUUAUAACCAUGAAAUGCCGUGACAGAGAUAAUCUUCCCCCUCCUUCCAUCCACCCUUGUCCUGAUUGUUUUAAGCAGGGAUGCCAAUUGGGAUUGAUUUGGGAUUGAUCCUGUGGUUAGUGGUGAAUGUUAAGUCCCAUUGCUUUGACUCAGCAGGUAAAUGAGUCUGUGUCUGAAAGAGACAGAUUAAUGUAGCAGCCCCUUGUGCUGGGCUCACUUCAUUAGUGUCUCUCUCUGUCUCUCAGAGGUGAGACAGUUGGACGAGGUUAACUGUCCCGACUCCCCAGUAUAGCCACUACCAGAGCCACCAGAGCACAUAACUAGCUAUGGUUCUGGCCAAUACAAUAACUGGAUUUCAUGUAUGAGAGAACAUCACUUUUUUUUGCUGGUUUUUGAUGUUCUAACUUUCAUCCUCUUUUGUCUUCUGUCCAACUCCUCCACUCUUCCGCCCUUCUCUUUCUCCUCCCUCUCUUCCUCCCCCUCCAGUCCUCCAGCUCAUCUCAGGAGCGGCUGCACCAGCUGCCCUUCCAGCCCACCAUGGACGAGCUGCACUUCCUGUCCAAGCACUUCGGCAGCACCGAGAGCAUCGCUGACGACGACGGGGGCCGCUGCUCACCCCAUAUGCGCCCGCGUUCCCGCAGCCUCAGUCCUGGACGCUCCCCCUCCUGCUAUGACAAUGAGAUCGUCAUGAUGAACCAUGUGUACAAGGAGCGCUUCCCCAAGGUAAGACAUGACACAUGCACAGACGCACAUGCACACACACACACACACACAAAACAUAAUUUUCUCUCACACUUUCAAGUGCAAGUAAGGAUAAGGAUUGGUUAGAGCAGACUGGUAUCAAAAGGAAGCAGGUUAUGAUGUUUGCUCAGUGUGGUACUGUAUGUCAGAGAUAAAAAAAAUAAUGAAGUUUGAUGUUUCAGAGGGGAAAUUAGGUAAACGCUGUCACCCUCUGAUUUGUAUGUCAGAAGUUAUGUCUAUUUUUAAACGGGUGUAAGUGAGAAUGAUGGAAAUACCACGGGUCAAUGGAGCAGGAACUUAACUAUUUCAGUUUUGAAUGUAAAAUAUGAAAUAGGUAAAAGGUGAACUCUCCUAACUCUGUUUCCUGUCUCUCCCUCUCUCCUCCCCCCUCUCCCAGGCCACGGCUCAGAUGGAGGAGCAUCUAGCAGAGUUCAUCAAUGCCUUCUCCCCUGAGAGCGUGCUGCCGCUGGCCGACGGGGUCAUCAGCUUCAUCCACCAUCAGAUAGCAGAGCUGUCCAGAGACUGCCUGUCCAAGGCUCGCGAGGGCCUCAUCACCACCGUCUACUUCUUUGAGCUGCAGGAGAACCUGGAGAAGCUGCUCAAUGAUGUGAGUCACAGAAACGCUGCAAGUAUAGGCUAAGAUGUCAUGAUAGGUGCCAUGACAGGCCAGUUCUGGGGUUAUUGAGCUGCCCAGAAGCCAGUCUUAUGUUGCAGUGUUAACAUCAGCAUAGCCCUGAGUGGAAUUGUUGCAUGUGAGCUACAUUGUCUUCAUAUCAGGCUCUCCUCAGGUCUGGGUGGCCUAGCUGCAGGCUGCUGAGAGGCACAUUUAGUUCCUAUCAUCUCAUUUCAAAUGGCAGCACUACGCCUUUCAGUAGGAUAAGAACGAGGAAAGGAGUAAAAUAAGGCUAUUGUGUAAUAGUGCGUGUGAUUUGUCUGAGCAGAUAGAAGAUAUCAAGGAACUUCAUCUGCACUCCCGGUUUGACGGGUUGAUUAAAUCGGUCUGAUUAUUAUGGGUUGCCAGUAUUCUGUUUGAUUGGAUUAGUUUUGCCUGGAAUAUGACUGUUCUCACAUCCCACGUUGCUCCAAAGCUUGGAUUUUUUUUUCUUCUUUUUCUGUCUGUCUCUCUCUCUCUCUCUCUCUCUCUCUACUUCUCUCUCUCUCCCUCUACAUUUCCCUCUCUCGCUCUCUUCGUCCAUCUAUUUCUCUCUCUCUCAGGCGUAUGAGCGAUCAGAGAGCUCAGAGGUGGCCUUCGUCACAGAGCUGGUGAAGAAGCUCCUCAUCAUCAUCUCUCGCCCAGCAAGGCUGCUGGAGUGCCUGGUGAGAAUAGAACACAUAACUCUCUUAACACAGUCACGGUCAUGGUAAUGGUCACUGGCGUGUUCAGUCACAUUCACGGUCCAUGGCCCCACUAAGUAUUUAACAGACCAUAUCCCUGGCCUGGACCAAAGACAAAUUAAUUUCCUUAAAUAAAUAUGAGCACAAACACUCAUUUGCGGUUCCAUUAUAAACAUUGAAACAGGAGGGUUUAUUACACAGUAGGGGCAAAAAUACUGAGCUCCAACUAAGCACCUCGAUAAAAGGCCCAAUCUGCCUGGCUAGUGACUACAUUUGCAUUUAGAUUAAAAUUAAAUUUGCCUCGCUACAGUAUUACAAAUACCAGCGGCCCCCUGAAGUGCUGUCUGAGUCUCACAGACCAUGACUGUGUCAUUUAAAGUUUGAGCCUGUGUGUGUAGCCCAGACUGACUCAAGGUCUCUGGCAGAGCAGUAAUCCUGUCCUCUGGGUGAACGCAGCCGGCAGGCCUCAUAAACCAGGUUUCCAUUCAACCUUUUUAUGCGAGUAAAGUACAUGUUGGAUAAAAAAAUGUAAUGACAGGACUGAUGGAAACAGAACAUUUUUCAUUAAACUUUCCAAAUGUCGACAAAACAAAAAACGCUUGACAAGGUGGGAUCUUUUUGUGUCGGUAAAAUUAAUUAUGCGAGAAAUGACGGUGGAAAGGCUUUUAUGCUCAAAUAUUGAAAUAAUAACCCAUUAACGUAAACUUGGAGUCACGUGAUGACAUGUUGUGUAGUCCUCCCACUACUACUCGUCGGGGAAGCAUGCAGUUUAUUAGGCUACAAAUUAAAUAAUUGAUGAUGAACUUCACAGGGAGGUGAAAGUGCAAGGUGAUGAGCUUGAUGCUCCUUUCCAAUAACGAUCAAGGGUCUUAUUCUGGUGACAUGAUCAUCGAUGCUUGACUGCCGUUUGACAAAAAUAAAAAUAAUCUCGCUCUUUUGUCCAUAAUAAUCUCAUCAACUCAACUCUGGACCUCGAAGCCAGUUCCACUGCGUUUUUUCAUUGUUCCCCUCUAAUCAGAGACUGAUUUAGACCUGGGACACCAUGUGGGUGCAUUUAAUAACUUAAAACAGAAAACCAGCAGGCUCCAGACCUCGUAGGUUAACAGUUGAAUACCCAUGAUGUAGGCUAUACGUGUGCUCUAGCCAACAGCGCAGAUACAGUACUGUGCCAAUACCAUCAGUGAAGUAAAAAAUUUGAUGGAAACCCAUUAAAUUGUAAACAUGUAUUCGGUGCAUGCAUAGCUGUGGGGAGUAGGGGUGCUGGGGGUGCUGGGGCACCCCCUGAAAAAACAGAAGGAAAAAAAAAAUAUUGUUGUUUAAUUUAUUUGGAAAAAAUAUAUUCACAAAAGUAGUGCACUGGGCCUUUACUGGUCCUGUAUUAGCGGACCAAUAUAGCCGUCUGAAGCGCAGGCAAUACAAUUAUACAGAACAAAACUAUAAUUGCAACAAUUUCAUUUUUACUGAGUUAGUUAAUAUAAGGAAAACAGUCAAUUUAAAUAAAUAAAUUAGGCCCUAAUCUAUCGAUUUCACAUGACUGGGCAGGGGUGCAGCCAUGGGUGGGCCUGGCAUAGGCCCACUCACUUGGCAGUUAGGCCCAGCCACUAGGGAGCCAGGCCCAGCCAAUCAGAAUGAGUUUUUCCCCACAAAAGGGCUUUAUUACAGACAGAAAUUCUCCUCAGUUUCAUCAGCAGUCCGGGUGGCUGGUCUGAGACGAUCCCGCAGGUGAAGAAGCCAGAUGUGGAGGUCCUGGGCUGGCAUGGUUACACGUGGUCUGCGGUUGUGAGGCCGGUUGGACAUACUGCCAAAUUCUCUAAAAUGACAUUGGAGGCAGCUUACGGUAGAGAAAUUAACAUUCAAUUCUCUGACAACAGCUCUGGUGGACAUUCCUGCAGUCAGCACGCCAAUUGCACACUCCCUCAAAACUUGAGACAUCUGUGGCAUUGUAUCGUGUGACAAAUCUGCACAUUUUUAAAGUGGCCUUUUAUUGUCCUCAACACAAGGUGCACCUGUGUAAUGAAUUUGGCUGUUUAAUCAGCUUAUUGAUAUGCUACCUGUUGUAGAAAAUUAUCAAACAAACAAAGUACUUUCAGAGUUUUUGUAGAAUCAAGAUAGACUUUAUUACACAAGCAAUAGAGCCGAGCUGGUCUGCAGAGCAACUGCCGUCCCAGACUUGGAGCUCUCUUUUUAUACAGCUUCAUCUUUUCAUAUCAUAUCUGAGCCACUAUGGUUUCUUUGUCUAGCUUCUUUCCUGUCUAUCCCCAUGUCUGCUUGGUCUCCUUUUCAUGUCAUAUCUUUGUCCUGACCGUGUGACCAGGUUACUCAGAAGCAACAAGAAAUGGAAACAAUACAGGUCUAUCUGUUCCUGAAGUUUAUCUCCAUCCCAAGUCCUUGACUACACGCCAGACCAGCUGCAGGGAGCUAGAGGGAACCAUCCUUUCUCAGAAGCACAGCAUUUGCACUAAAUAAAUGUCUCUACUAUUGUUAAGCAUAUUAUAACAUAUGUAAUGGAAAAAUACCUAUAGAGCCAUUUCAUCAUGGAACCCUUUUAUUUGUUCUUAAUCCAUAGGCAUAUAGGGCAUAUAAGCAUUUCAUUCUACAACAUGAAUAAUUAAUAUAAUUGGUUUGUUAUGUUGUCUGCCCUUAAGUGAGACAGAGUAGUUAACUAAAAAUCUCCAAUACACCCUUGUCAGGUGGAUGGAUUAUCUUGGUAAAGAGAAAUGCUCACUAACAGGAAUGUAAACAAAUUUGUGCACACAAUUUGAGAGAAAUAAGCUUUUUGUGCAUAUAGAAAAUGUCGGGGAUAUUUUAUUUCAGCUCAUGAAACAUGGGACCAGCGCUUUACAUGUUGCGUUUAUAUUUUGGUUCAGGAUAGUUCUAUCUUGAUAAAAGUAGUGUUAUACCUGUGUCACACUGAAUGUGGUCCCCCUCUUCCUGUCCUCCAGGAGUUUAAUCCAGAGGAGUUCUACCACCUGAUGGAGGCAGCAGAGGACCACGCCAAGGAGGGACACCUGAUGAAGACAGACAUCCCUCGCUACAUUAUCAGCCAGCUGGGACUGACCAGAGACCCUAUAGAGGGUGAGCGAGAGAAUGAGUCCAAGAGAAAAAGAGAAAGAGGAAACCUUGACUUGUGUUGACUACUGUUGCUCUGUCACUCUGUGUAUUGCUGAAAUGGAGCUCAUAUUUACUCCCUCUGUCUGUCCUCAGAAAUGGUUAAUCUGGACAGCUACGACAGUGAGGGACCUCUCACACCAGAAACAGACGACUCAACAGAGGUGAGAACCUUGUCCCUACUCCACCUCUCCCCAGCCCACCCACCAUCAACCCCCCUCUCUCUGUCCCUUUGGGUUAAGUCAAACUGUAGUCCAAGGCCCUACUGGCUGUAAUAAAUAUGACUGCUUCCUCUACUUGGCACAGUGGACAUUAAUCUACGCAAUUGAGUCCAUUUGCUUUAAUUAGAGUCUGAAGUCAAAAGCAGGAUAUCCUCUAGUGCUUUGUAUGCCUGCAAUCAGCCAUCCUUCAACCAUUAGGACAGGUGCCAAAAUUCAGCUAAGUGGACAAGAAGUCAGGAAGACAAGGGUAGCACUGGGGGAACAUAGAGAAGACGUCACUCCUGUGGGCCUGGUGUUGGAGGUCUGGCCAGAUCCAGUCUUGUCUUACCCUGUUGUCAUGUUCUCUCCCUCAGGGCAAGAUGAGAGCCAUGAAGCCGCCCGAAGAGGCUGACUUCCAGACCAUUAAGCUGAUCAGCAAUGGAGCCUACGGGUGAGUGUGGGUGUGUUCAUGCAUAUGAAUGUUACAUUAGUACAUGUAUAUGAGCCAUCUUGUUGAUGUCCAUUGAAUGGUUUUAACAGAAAACACUGGAUUUACUCAGUAAAAUGUGUAAAAUAUCUGAUUAUUAACUGUGUGUAUGCGUGUGUGUCUCCAGAGCUGUUUACCUGGUCCGUCACCUGGAGACCCGUCAGCGUUUCGCCAUGAAGAAGAUCAACAAGCAGAACCUGAUACUGAGGAACCAGAUCCAGCAGGCCUUCGUAGAGAGAGACAUACUGACCUUCGCUGAGAACCCCUUCGUGGUCUCCAUGUUCUGCUCCUUCGAGACCCGCAGACACCUCUGUAUGGUCAUGGAGUAUGUAGAGGGUAAGUUAACGCAAUAAUAUACUGGACACCAUUACUUGUCUGUUUAGGACAAGAGCAGCAUUUAGGACAUUGCUGGGGAUGGGAAUGCUAGCAGUCAGUCUGAUCACGUAUUAUCUGUUGUCAGGGGGAGACUGUGCCACCCUGCUGAAAAACAUUGGGGCAUUGCCUGUGGAGAUGGCGCGCAUGUACUUUGCAGAGACCGUCCUAGCGCUGGAGUACAUUCACAACUAUGGCAUUGUGCACCGCGACCUCAAACCAGACAAGUAAGACCUCACUUGUGUUGUCAUUGAACAAUUAUCAGAUGGGACUCAUUGGGGUGAACUCAAAGUUUGAUUAUAUUACAAACAUGAAGAGUGUUUCAGGUAACCUUUGAUCUGUCUGUCCCCAGUCUUCUGAUCACUUCCAUGGGGCACAUCAAACUGACUGACUUCGGCCUGUCUAAGAUGGGUCUGAUGAGCCUCACCACCAACCUGUACGAGGGACACAUCGAGAAGGACACCAGGGAGUUCCUAGACAAACAGGUGUGCACUGUAUAUAGAGCAGAGAAACUUAUAACCACCACAGUAUACACAAUGACUUUGCAGUAAUAUAUUUUAAUUUCUACAUUUUCCAUAACCAUUCAGACAGAAAGAAACGAUCACUUUUUGAUUUAUUUAUUUCUAGACAAAUUAAUUAAUAAAUGCUGAAUUUAAAAUGUGUGCAUAUAGUUGUCAAAGCAUGAAUAAAUGAAAUGAUCAACAUCUAACAAAAUGAUAACCAAAUAUUCCUCAGUUAUUAUAAUCAGCUGUCUUUUCAGAUGUUUUGUUUUUCCCAACCCUUUGAAUGGUACUGCUUCAAUUAAAUCCCCAAUUAUUUAUUGGCUCGGCUUUCUCACAGCCACAGAUCUGUUAGCAUUUGAUGAAUACCCAUCUGCACAUGAAAACACAACAUCCAGAGCUUUCAUGUUUCAUCCUGGCAUUCUCGCAUUGAUCCCCUCAUUUAGGCAGAAACGUGUAUUGGCCACACGUGUCUCCCACUCACAUUUUGAGAGAGACUGGCCUUAGCAUCUCACCAGCAGUGUUUUAUCCAUAGAUAUGAAUAUAGAACCUCUCAUAGGAGCUCUGUGGUUCUGUCCUCCAUCAGGUGUGUGGCACGCCAGAGUACAUUGCCCCGGAGGUGAUCCUGAGACAGGGCUAUGGGAAGCCAGUGGACUGGUGGGCUAUGGGCAUCAUCCUCUAUGAGUUUCUGGUGGGCUGUGUGCCCUUCUUUGGAGACACGCCUGAGGAGCUCUUUGGACAGGUCAUCACAGGUGAGAAGUUGGGGGUUAGUGGGUUCAUUGAGCAGCAUCUUGCAGACAUUUUGAAGCCAUAUUUCUCACUUCUACAUUGUCCAAUGCAACUUAUCUCUGUCUCUUGUAGAUGACAUAGUGUGGCCAGAAGGUGAUGAGGCUCUUCCUGCCGAUGCUCAGCAUCUGAUCUCUACUCUACUUCAGACCAACCCACUGGUCCGACUGGGCACAGGUCUGCAUACACGUGCAUGUUGACAACAUGCUUAACAUCAGACGUAUGCUGUAACAGAGAUGGACCAAACUGUCCAUUCAUAGUGAAAAUAUAGAUUCACUCAACAACACACACCUUAUCUCUCUCCCUCUCUCCCCCUCCCCCUCUCCCUUUCAUUCUCUCUCGCUGCCCCAGGUGGUGCAUUUGAGGUGAAGCAGCACUCAUUCUUCACUGAACUGGACUGGAACAGUCUGCUGAGACAGAAGGCUGAGUUCAUCCCCCACCUAGAGUCAGAGGAGGAUACCAGCUACUUCGACAGUGAGUCUCUCUCUAACUGCACUGCCCCCUGGCUACAUGGAGGGGAACUGUGCUGACUCGUUGCAUUCUUAAUGUAUAGAAUCACCAGAAGGCAGUAGUAUUUAAAUAAUUUCAGCGGGGACACCAUUCUCUUCUCCAGAAUUUCUGGGGACACCAUUUUUUUGCAACAAUUUCUUGUGACCCCAGCCCACUCCACCCCUAAUCUAAUGACAAAACCUUCAUCAGUAAAUGUUGGUUUUUACAUUAACAAAUAACCUUCAAUAACAUUUGAAUCUCUUAUCUAAGAAACCAAUAAAUACAUUUACUCAAUAAAAUUGUAUUACUCAAAAAGGUUUGUUUAUUGUCCCAUACAAUAAUAUUUACUCUUAAUUUUUUGUUCCUAAAAAAAUAACUGCAGUUCCCCGACAUUGAAUACCACUGGUAUAAGGGAUAGAGAUAAGAACUAGCUGUGUUUGGAGCUUUGAUGUACUUGUCCAAUUUGUCUGUUUGCAUUUGUAUGUGUGUAACACCCUGUCCUACUCCGUCCCCAGCCCGCUCUGACCGCUACCACCACGUCCACUCUUAUGACGAGGACGACACCAAUGAUGAUGAACCUGUCGAGAUCCGCCGUUUCUCCUCCUGCUCCCCUCGCUUCAGCAAGGUCAAACUCUACACUUACUCAUCCUUAAACUUACCUUAAAACUUCAAUUAAACGCUGUCUCAAAUAGCCGCCUGUCCCUUUUAAUAGCCGGCCAUCGGCACACAUUUCAGCAAAUAAACGGCUGUUUCAAAUAAACGCUGGGUCUAAAUGAGUUGUUUACAACGUUACCAUGAAUUACCAUGAAUUGUUUACGAGGUUUAAUGUUUGAUUUGUUACAUUAGAUAAUUCAGUAAUGACUCGAAAAAAGGAUGGCAAUCAUCAGUUUUUAUCGCCAGUAAGAAACUGCUAGCCAUUGGCUACUAACAGAUGAGAACUGCUAGCUAACAGACAAGCACAAAAACAGUCAACAACUUCAGGAGUACAGACCCCCCAGAAAUCAGCUGAUCGCUCUAGUGGCGAAGGUAAGAACUGCCGAACAAAUGCACAGUCAAAGAGGAGGAUAAUUAUUCUAUCAAUGGUUCUAUAUCGUGGAGCUCCGCCCCAUAGGGGAGCUCUGCUCCUAGUGGUUUACCCUCUGCCCUACGGCAGCAGCAGCCUGAGACAAAAUUAUGCACACACCUACAGCCAAUAGGAGUACAGGUGUCCCUAUAAGAGGGGAUGCCUCCCCUCAAUCAGCCUCCCUUUUUCUUCAGCGACUGGAUGACUAGACUGAAGAGCCAAGAAGAGACGAAGCACGAAGACUCAGGACGAAAACGCCGUUGAUAUUCCAGUCAUCAACGUCGUCUAAAUGAGCACACCGGGAGAUUUUCCACCCCCAAAAGCUAUUUUCAGAGCUCAGUGCAGAUGCACUUCCAUGGCGGCCGGUGACCACCACGACCUAUGUUUCGUGUGUUUGGGAUCCCAGCAUGCCAAGGAAGGCGUCUGCAGUCCCCCGAAUUGCGCCUCCUGCGCCCUCCUUUCUUUAAAGGAGAGGAAGCAGCGUUGGGCGUUUUUCAGGGAGGACAUCCCCCUUGAGGAUGUGCUGUCGAUACUAGCCUCUGCUUCAGAGGCGUCGUCCGACGGCGCAGACUCGGGGGAAGAUAGGGACUUUGAGGAAGAGUCUGGCAUUCCAAUGGAACAGUCGGACCCCGUCCCUCAUACUUUCAAGCCCCCCUUUCCUUUGGAGAGCGAGAGGGCUUGUAGUCCCUAUAGCGAAGGGGAUACGAGCUCUGAGAGAUCAGAAGCUCUCUCUUUCGCUGCAGCCUCUCUGAGAUCGGACUUUCCGGGUCUCAUUGAGAGAGCUGCUCAACGGCUGGUAAUAAGGCUGCCCCCUCUUCCCUCCGCACCGGAGGUUGAUAUGAUGGAGGGCGGUCCUUAUUCCAGGCCAAGGAAGGCGGCAGAGCCAGUGGCUCCUGCCAUGCCUUCUUUGGCUAGGUACGUUGAGGGCUCGUGGGAGGCACCUUUCGCCUGUAAAAGCGUAUCUCCCAUUCACGAGAGUGGAAGGAAGGUUUCAGGGUCAGGGAAUCCCCAGGUUAGAGAGCGCCAUGGCGGCGUAUCUCGUACCGGGUUCGAGCCCUUGGCCCUCUUCCAAGAAGGCCACGUUGCCAUCCCAGAAGGACCGACUCACAGCACAGCUGUUAGAGAAGUCUUUUGGGUUGGGAGCCCAAGCUGUAGCAGCAGCUAACAACAUUUCCCUCUUGGCGGCCUCUCUGUCCCGUUUAACCACGGGUAAGACAGAGAUGGCACCGGAGGAGGUGGAGGAGGCGUCCAGAAUUUCUGGCGCUAUACUCCACCUGACACAGGCGUCCGCAGUCUGCGCGGGGAGAUCCAUGGCCACUUCGGUGGUCGGGGAACGACACCUCUGGUUGUCAUUGACAUCCAUGAAAGAGGCAGACAGGACGUCUCUCUUGAACGCCCCCCUCUCUGACGACGGCCUCUUUGGGGUCGCAGUCAAAGAGGCGACGGAGCGUUUCUCUAAGUUAGAGGAGGAGAAGAAGCAGUUGGCCAAGCACCUGCCGUUGGCAGGACGACUCGGCCCCCCUCCUCCCCAAAGGCCAUCUACCUCCGCCCCUCUAAGUAGACCGGGGUCUACGACGAGGCGGCGUAAUCGGCGUCAUCCGGCGGCCACGAGCAGCAAGGGAACGGGCCCGGCCCUCCCAGCAGCUACGGUAGCCCCACUACAGCCGGCGAGGGAGGUGACGAGGACGCCGACCUGGCCCUCCAAGGGAGGCAAGAGGAGGCGUACGUGACGGGACGCGGGGGAGAGGAUGGAGGACGCAUCGAUGGUGUCGAACGUGCCCACUGUCCCCCCCCCACCCUUCGGUUGAAGGGAUGGGUGUUGAUGUUAAUGCCUUUGUUGAUGUGUUUAAUAAAGAGUUGGCUCCACCUGACUUUGUCAAAAAAUAGCCUCUUUUCCAUAAUACGUCCGAGAGCGUUCAAAUCUCACCCUCUCUUCCUUACCACUCUAAGAGCCGUUCAGCCCACCGAGGGUGCGUUGCUGAACAGGCACUAAGAGUAGGUAUCCAGAAGACCUCAAUCAGGUCGUCACAUCACACUUCACGUAUAAGAAGUGCUUUACAUAGAAGGCAGCAGUCCCGGUCAGAUUCUGACAUGAGGACGCAGCCGCUAUUUGGGGAUGGCGCACUAGCACAGACUAAGGUCUCCACUAGUACGAGCCAGACCCAUGCUGCGUUCACGGAGGGCCCGAUUACCGCGGUCACCAAGGUGCCCAGAGUAUCGGCACCCCCAGGCAUUGUAACACAGCAGCUAUCUGGGGACAGCAGCUAUCAGACCCAUGCUACGUUCACGGAGGGCAGGAUUACUAGCGUUAUGGGUAUAACCAAAGUAUCAGCUCCCCUGACAGAACGAGCCAGUACUCACCACACUGAGCGUGAAUCAACCCACCAGGGGUGCAGUGUUGAACACACACAGAAGGUGAAAGUCAAGAAGGUAUCAAGGCGCCGCCUUGUUUUACCUCAUAGAGACCUCAUACUACAGACUUCUAGGAGUACUGUAGUGAAGGGCUCUGAUAGCGAAUUGCAGUCACCUAAGAUGACGCAAUUGCUUGCUGGGGAUGGUGCCCUGCCGCAGGCUGUGGCCUCGGUCAGCGCAAUUCAGACCCGCGAUGCGUUCAAGGAGGGCAGGAAUACGACGGUUACGGGUUUAACCGACGUCCCUACUCCUCUUUCUUUCUCAGAACGCAUCGAUAGUUCCUCUCCCUUUCACGGGAGGCCCACCUUGGGCUGUUCCACCACUUCAAUGUUGGGGAACAGUGGCGGUAAGGGCCAUAGAGGAAUACAGGUCCUUCCUACUGGAUGCACCACAGCUUCGCGCCCAGCCGCUUUCUCUGCAUUGCUGGCAGUGGCGAAGAAGCUGCACCCUCUCACGCUGGCUAGAACAGACGUUGCAGAAGGGUUAUGCCCUCCAAUUCCACCGGACCCCACCCCCGUUCAGGGGAGUGGUGGAGACGGUGAUGAAAACGCCAGACAAAGUGGCCGCUCUGAUGACAGAGAUUACGGAACUUUUGGCGAAGGAGGCGGUGACAGUAGUUCCCCGGGAGCAAAGGAACAAAGGGCUAUAUUCGCCUUAUUUCCUAUUGCCCAAAAAGACGGGGGGAGUGAGGCCGAUUUUGGAUUUACGCAUUCUCAACGAGAGCAUAACCAAACGGCCCUUCCGAAUGCUAACGACAAAACGUCUGCUGGAAUGUGUCCAGAGAGGGGACUUUUGUACGAGCAUAGACCUAAAGGACGCGUACUUUCAUGUGCCGGUUCAGCUGCGUCACAGGAAGUUUCUGCGGUUCGCCUUUCAAGGGGUGGCGUACGAAUACACGAGGAUGCCAUUUGGGUACGCCCUGGCACCUCGCACAUUUUCCAAGUGUGUGGAGGCGGCAUUGGAACCGUUGCGUCGUCAGGGAAUACGGCUACUAGCCUACCUGGACGACCUACUGGUUCUCGCCCCGUCAGCAGAGCUGGCGAUCACUCACACAACACAGACAGUGAUGCAUCUCACAAGUCUGGGGUUUGCUGUGAAUUGGAAAAAGAGCGCGCCCUGGCCCACUCAUCAGAUUGUCUAUCUGGGGAUACAGCUAGACACUGUGAGGAUGAGGGCCCGAAUCUCGGACCCCCGAAGGGUAGCCUUGUUGCUAGCCCUAAGGAAGUGUCGUCCGAAUCACACGGUGACGGCGCUGUCGAUCAUGUCACUUUUGGGUCUCAUGUCGUCAGCCCACUCUGUGGUUCCGCUGGGACUCCUGCAUAUGCGCAGGAUGCAGCGAUGGUUCGCCCAACUAAGACUAGACCCAUUGCGUCAACGUCAUCGGUUGGUGGUGGUUCCCCUCUCGCUCAGUGCAGACCUAAACUAUUGGAGAAACUCACGCGUUCUCACGCACGGAGUCCCGAUAGGAAAGGUGUCCUCUCACAUCCCAGUAUUCACGGAUGCGUCCCUGACGGGAUGGGGAGGAACAUGUCAGACACAAGCGAUAGGUGUGUGGCCUCAAUCAGGUCGUCACAUCAACCUCCUGGAGUUGGAAACGGUUCGACUGGUUCUGACCCACUUCGAGUCUACCCUUCGGGGUCGCGAUGUGCUGGUCUGGUCAGACAACCGGACCACAGUAGCCCACAUAAAUCGCCAGGGAGGAGUCAGGUCUCCUGCUCUCCAUCGGGCGGCAGAGGAAUUGUGGCUGUGGGCUCACGAGCACCUUCGCUCAUUGAGAGCAGCACACAUUCCGGGCUACUUGAACGUAGGAGCAGACCUCAUGUCAAGAGGGGGUCCUCGAGACGACGAGUGGUGUCUGCAUCCAGACAUUGUUCUCCAGAUUUGGGAACAAUUCGGGAGAGCCGAGGUGGACCUAUUCGCGUCACGCGUGAACGCGCAAUGUCCUCUGUGGUUCUCUCUGAGGGAAUAGGACGAACCGCCACUGGGAAGGGACGCCUUUGCGCACCAACCGUGGCCGAGAGUUCUCCUGUAUGCAUUCCCUCCGCUGUCCUGCAUUCUCCCACUGCUAGCCAGGGUGAGGUCAGGGGGGCUGUCAGUGAUACUGAUAGCGCCCGAUCGCCCGGGGGCUCCUUGGUUUGCGGAGAUGAGUCAGAUGUUGAUUGCGCCACCUUGGCCAAUUCCACAUCGACGGGACGCGUUGUCUCAGGCGGCUGGCACGAUAGGGAAAUUGCCCAUAAUCGGCCAACCACUGAAGGCCUGGCUGCUGAGUGGGACAGGCUAGAACGCCGUGGGUUAUCUGAUGCAGUGAUCAGGACCAUACAGGGUUCACGUGCCAGUUCCACUUCUAAGAUGUAUGCCAGUAGAUGGAACGUGUUUUCACGAUGGUGUGUCACACAAGGUGUAGACCCCAUGAGCUGUCAGGUGGAGAGUAUUCUCUCUUUUCUACAGCUCAUGUUUGAUAAGCAAAAAUCGCCUGCCACGAUUAGAGUGUUUGCAGCAGCGAUUUCAGCUUGUCAUGAGGGUUUUGGCAGAGACAAUGUCUUUAGCCACCCUCUAGUGAAACGCUUCCUAUUAGGAACGCGGCGACUUAGGCCAACACCUAGAGUCACGCUUCCUCAGUGGGAUUUGGCUUUGGUACUCGAAGCGCUAUGUAAGUCACCGUUCGAGCCAUUGAAUCAAAUACCCCUCAAGAUGCUGUCUAUAAAAACAGCACUGUUGCUCGCUUUGACUACAGCUAAGCGGGUCAGUGAUUUGUGUGCUCUUUCGACGAGACCUGACUGCUUGGCCAUCAAUGGUGACCUGAGCAGAGCAGUGUUACGUCCUAACCCGGCAUUUGUGCCGAAGGUUAUUAAGAGUUCAUAUAGGUCACAGACCGUGGAGCUGUGGGCUUUUUCUCCUCCUCCUCAUAGAGAGAGGAGUGAGGAAAAGCUCCAUCGCCUGUGCCCGGUACGCGCUUUGGCGUGUUACGUCGAGCGCACAGCAGCGAUUAGGUCAUCGCCUCAGUUGUUUGUGCCAAGUCUAGGUCCAAAAGACUUCUCAACAGCUUCUACCCCCAAGCCAUAAGACUCCUGAACAGCUAAUCAUGGCUACCCGGACUAUUUGCACUGCCCCCCCACCCCAUCCUUUUUACGCUGCUGCUACUCUGUUAAGUAAGUAUUUAUGCAUAGUCACUUUAACUCUACCCACAUGUACAUAUUACUUCAACUACCUCAACUAGCCGGUGCCCCCGCACAUUGACUCUGCAACGGUACCCCCCUGUAUAUAUAGCCUCCCUACUGUCACUUUAUUUUACUGUAUAUAUAGCCUCCCUACUGUCACUUUAUUUUACUUCUGCUCUUUUUUUCUCAACACUUUUUUUGUUGUUGUUUUAUUCUUACUUUUUUUGUUUAAAAUAAAUGCACUGUUGGUUAAGGGCUGUAAGUAAGCAUUUCACUGUAAUGUCUGCACCUGUUGUAUUCGGCGCAUGUGACCAAUAAAAUUUGAUUUGAUUUGAUUUGUGUGUCACGGUGCGGCUGCACUAGCCAUUGCUAGGCCUGACUUUCUCGUUUCGAUGGGAAGUGUUAGGCUCGGCAGGGAGUACAUUUUGGAGCGCUACGCUCCGCCUUAAACCACUAGGAGCAGAGCACCCCUAUGGGGCGGAGCUCCACGAUAUAGAACGAUUAGUUACCGGAGUGUAACUCCAGUUCUAUGAGUGGAGCGGAGCCCCAUAGGGGAGCUCUGCUCCUAGUGGUUUACCCUCUGCCCUACGGCAGCAGCAGCCUGAGACAAAAGUAUGCACACACCUACAGCCAAUAGGAGUACAGGUGUCCCUAUAAGAGGGGAUGCCUCCCCUCAAUCAGCCUCCCGAGAUAUUUUUCUUCAGCGAGACUAGAGAGGGUCGGCAGGGCCUUAAGUCCUAUGGGGCUCCGCUCCACUCAUAGAACUGGAGUUACACUCCGGUAACUAAUCGUUUUUAUUUUUUAUUAGAGGCAUACUAAGACAAAAGAAACGUGGCACAGUGUGCAAAUGAUAACACAUUAGUGCAGAAAAUGAAGAAAUUGAUUAAAAUGCUGGAAGUGAAUGCUGGAAUUAAACAAUUAACUAUAUAAAUAAGCAAAAGCUGUCUGUAUUAAGGAAAUAGACGCCUGGCUCAAAUAGAAGCCUGUCUCUAAUAAGCGCCUGUUGUGUUCAGUGAUUCAAGCAAAUAAAUGCCCGGGCUAUUAAUUGAAGUUUACGGUAAAACCUAUUCUUCGGCCUAAUCAGUUCUUCUGUCUCACCUCCCUUCUACAACACUCCUUGCUGAACUAGAUGAACCUCAUUGUACCAGUCUAGGCCAAGUAAACGUGUCUUCUCUAAAGCCUGUCAAUACAUCUCAUAAUCCUUUACAUUUUACAUUUUAGUCAUUUAGCAGACGCUCUUAUCCAGAGCUACUUACAGUUAGUGAGUGCAUACAUUAUUUUGUUUUUCAUACUGGCCCUCCAUGGGAAACAAACCCACUACCCUGGCGUUGCAAACGCCAUGCUCUACCAACUGAGCUACAUCCUUGCCAGCCAUUCCCUCCCCUACCCUGGACGACGCUGGGCCAAUUGUGUGCCGCCCCAUGGGUCUCCCGGUCGCGGCCGUCUACGACAGACUGUGUUAACUGAGUCAACUGACUUUAUGUGACUAUCACACAUGGUAGACUAAGUCAUGAAAGAACCUCUUUCGUAACCUUGGGUUUUAUUGACACACAUGCCUCAUAUAUGUCUCUUUCUGCUCAGAUCUCCCCUUCUUGACUAAACUCUGAAAGCUAAUUAUGCCAGUGAACCCAUUUUAAAACAAAGAAUCAUGGGAAAAUUAGUAAUUUUUCCCUCUGUGGGUGCUGAAAGCUUAUGCACCCUCUCUCUGUUGGGAACUACAGGUGUACAGCAGCAUGGAGCACCUGUCCCAGCUGGAGCACAAGCCCCCGACAGUGACCCGGCGGGAGCACAAGGGACCCAGGGAGGACUGGGUGGCAAAGAGAGAGAGCCUGGGCAGCCUGACCUUGAGAGAUAAGAGCUGGAGGACAGGAUCACCUGAGAUGUGAGUAUGACCACUACUGUGCUCUGACUAGUACUAGUGCCCUCUUACCUCGCUUAAAAAGUAGGAAACGUGACAUUGUUGGCCCUCAUUAUUAAGGCUCUCAUUAUCAUUAGUCAUUGUUUGUUUUCAUAAAUACAAUAAAUCAAUUCUGUGCUGCGUUGUUGUGUGUAGGAAGCGACUGUCGUGCUCAGAGUCCUUCUUCACUGAGAGUGACUCCAGUCCUCCAUCUGGGGCCCGGCGACGCUUUUCUGCCCUCAUGGACACUCACCGCUUUGCCUCCCCACUAGAGGCCGAUCCUGACCUGCCCGUGCCCACCAGACAGCCCCCGGUCAAGGCCAGGGGCACCUCUCUGGAGGGGGCCAUGGGCACCACAUCCAUGGGCACCACAUCCAGCCAGGGGGAUUUUAGGAAGGAAAAGGAGGGUAACGGGUUGACUGCUGGAGGUGAGGGCAUUUGGCAUUGGAUAAUGGAUGAAUCCUGGCUUGACCUACAUGAUAUUAUUCCUCCAUCUUUCUGCUCUGCUCCAGACAAACUGCUGAGGCCAGCAGAUGUACCACUGGGAGCCAUCCCCAGCCCCAGCAGUACUGUGACUGCUGGGGACACAGAGCCCCAGGGGUCCCGGGCCACCAACGAACUGGUCCUGAGGAGGGUCCGCCACAGCCAGCUCUCAGCUGAGGGAGAGAAACGCAACUCGCGACCCGUAACCAAGGUCAUCAAGUCUGCCUCCACCACAGCCCUGUCUGUCAUCAUACCUACAGGUGAGGAGCUGGAAGGCAAGAGAGUGUGAGGAGAGUGGGGCUGUCUGUUGCUAAUGACAAUAUUAAUGUUAAACAGUAAAACGGUUAACUGGACUUGUUUGGAAAAUAGUAUAUUUCUUAUAGACUGUAUCUAUUGCUUUGACCUUCAAUUGACUUAUUCAGAUGUUUUUUCUCACACUUUAUUACUGUGAUUCUCUCCUCCCUCCUCAGUGGAGCAGCAUGGUACGUCCCCUCUGGCCAGCCCCAUGUCUCCUCGAUCCAUCUCCUCCGACCUGUCGUCUCGAGACUCCUCCCCCAGCCGAGACUACUCACCCACAGUCAACGUGCUGCGUUCGCCCAUCACCAUCCACCGCUCUGGGAAGAAGUACGGUUUCACCCUCCGAGCCAUUCGAGUCUACAUGGGAGACAGUGAUGUCUACAGCGUACACCACGUGGUCUGGGUGAGACAACGAAAGAGAUGCUAUGUUCUCUGUUCGUUUCUAUGGAGAAAGCAGUGUUAAGUAAACAUCACUCUAUUGAAGAAGUUCUGUAUCAUAACAACGCAGUGCUACAAUUGCAGUAGAAAAACAGACUUGUCCAAUAGUAUGAUGACUUGUUUGAUUGAUGUUGAUCUGUAUCAAUCACAGCAUGUGGAGGACGGAGGCCCUGCCCAGGAGGCGGGACUCUGUGCUGGUGACCUCAUCACUCACGUGAACGGGGAGUCUGUCCAUGGGCUGGUGCACACUGAGGUGGUGGAGCUCAUUCUGAAGGUGAGAGGAGAGGAAAGAAACCAGGUGUGUUUUUCUCCUAGAGUAUAGAAUACAGGUGAAGCCUAACAUACACUGUACGUUUUUUGUUUCCGUUGUUUCUCCAGAGUGGAAACAAAGUGACAGUGACCACCACGCCCUUUGAAAACACCUCCAUCAAGAUUGGUCCUGCCCGCAAGUCCAGCUACAAGUCCAAGAUGGCACGGCGCAACAAGAAGACAGGGGCCAAGGAGGGACAAGAAAGGUACAAGUGGGUUUCUCUGCACAGCAGCUGUGUCGGCUACACUAGGAUUUCAGAUGAGCGCUGUACAAAUCAGUGUCAGUGACUCUGUUUUUCAAACUCUCUCUCUCUCUCCUCUCAUCCUCCCACCUCUCUCUGUUCCCUUCCCUUCUCACUCUAAGUAAGAAGCGCAGCUCGUUGUUCAGGAAGAUCACUAAGCAGUCGAACCUGCUCCACACCAGCCGCAGCCUGUCCUCUCUGAACCGCUCUCUCUCAUCAGGGGACAGCCUCCCAGGCUCCCCCACCCACAGCCUCUCUUCCCGCUCCCCCACACAGAGCUACCGCUCCACCCCCGAAUCCACCUACCUGGGUCAGUAUGAAGGGCAUUACUCUACCUACAUUACUGUACAACACUCCUCUUAGCAUCUACACACUCACAUAACAAAAUAAUACAGUUUGAAUGAUUGCUGUAUGUCUCCUCUUCACUCCUCAGGUAACUCUUCUCAGAGCAGCUCUCCAGUCUCCAGCACCCCUAACUCCCCGGCUGCCUCCCAGCACAUGAGACCCAGCUCCCUGCACGGCCUCUCCCCCAAGCUGCACCGCCAGUACCGCUCAGCCCGCUGCAAGUCAGCUGGCAACAUCCCCCUGUCCCCCCUGGCCCACACACCCUCCCCCACCACCUCCUCCCCCCCACCCCUGUCUGGCCACACGGUGGGUAGCUCCAACACCACCCAGGCCUUCCCAGUCAAGCUCCACUCCUCUCCCCCUGUGGCCCGUCCCAGGCCCAAAAGCGCAGAGCCCCCCCGCUCACCCUUGCUACAGCGGGUUCAGUCGUCAGAGAAACUGGGCGCGCCCCUCCUGCCCUCCUCUUCAUCUUCAUCGUCAUCUUCCUCGCCCCUUGCAGGGGGGGUGUCGAUGCGUAAGCACAGCCUGGAGGUGUCACAUGGUGACUACAGGAGGGAGUCUUUCCACUGCGAGCAUAGCCUGCAGAGUCUGCUAGAGAUGGAGGGAGAGAACGGGCCCGUUCCCCCCUCUCCCUCGUCUUCCUCCUCCCCCUCUCCCCCCACGGUUGGAGAGACAGGGUGCCUGAAGCCUGCGAGGAGGCCGGGGAGGCAGGAGUCGCCCCUGAGCCGGGACACACUGCUGACAGGGAGGGAGAGAGCUCCCCAGACUACAGCAUCUGACCCUCACACUGACAGCACAACUGUUAAAGUGGAGCCCAAGACCAGCGCUGGUGAGACAGCUAAGACAUUAACCCCUUGUGAGGCUCUGAAGAGAAAAGCCUCCCCAGUACCAGGUGAGGCCCAGCCUAGCCCAGCCUCAACCCCCUCCACUCCAGGGGCCAAGUCCAGCCCAGCAGACAAACCUCUAAGCUCCAGUGCUCCAAGCUCUGAGACAGCCAGUGGAGGCCCUAAACCCACUGAGAGGGCCCCAGUCCAGGCCACAUCCCAGAGUCCGCUCUCCCAGGAGCAUAAACACCAGGCUGUCCAGACAGACACCACCCCAGUAAGCAAAAGCCAGGAGAAGAGUGAGGAGAAAGGGAGUGUGGGCCCAGACAAAGCCACUACACAGAGGGCGGGAGCUACAGAGGUGGCCAAGCCAAGUAAAGACACACAGAUGGAAGAGGCCACUUUGAAAGGAGGGAUGGGGGGCAUUGACAAAGCCACUGAGACCAGGGUUAAAGGACCUGCUCCUCCAGUCCCAACCCAAGCACCAGCCCCAACCCCAGCCCCAUCCCCAUCCCCUCUUGCCAUAGGUCCAGGUCCAGCUUCAACAAAAUCCAGAGCAGACAAGGUUUCUGUCCCGUUGAGUAGCUACCGAGAGGCCAGGGAGGAGAGGAGUCACCUGGAGGUGGUGGAGGAGAACCCCAUGUCCCCCUCCUCCACCGCUGCCUCCCCCUGCUCCAGCAAGUCAUGCCCUGUCUCCCCUGGUGACAAGGCAAGCUUUGUGACUCAGCUGACCAGUGUGGCCAAAAACGUGCUGGGGCCUAUGAAGAUGGGAUCCCAGGAAGGGCCCAAGGGCGGUGAGGAGAAACGGGGAAGUUCAGCAGGAAAGUCUGAGGCUCCAUCUGGAGGUAGUCGAUGGGGGGCCCAGGGGACAUCUCCAAGUCCUGCCGGCUCAGCUCAGCCUGAAAAGGCAAACACGAGGAAUUCAGGUAAGCACCGCUUCUGA